CGUUUUAAUGGCAUUUUUCAUCUUCAUUCUAAUUGUUUAAUUUUUAGAAUUAUAAAUAAAAUGUGUUAUUAAGUAAAAAAGUAGUUGAAAAGUAAAAUUAAAAAUCAUUAACUUACGGUGUAAUGGGGAGAUAUUUAGUUUAAUAAAAUAAGUGUCCUAAUUGGAAUUUUUAAUGAGUUAUGUAGUGCAACGUCAGGAAAACGAAUACCGAGGCAAAGAAAAAAGUCUGAAUUUUCCCAAACAUCCCCAGAUCAAUUUCACACAUAAUAAAAAUUAUAUGCAAAACCAUAACAUAAAAAGUUAAUGAUUCGUGGUUCUUCACUCCCAUUAUUGGAAAAAAGUUUCAAAUUGCAAAAAUAGCUGAGACCGAACAGCUAUCAGACGGAUUGCACACGCCUACUAGAGUGUGUUUUUGCGUUUUUGACCGCUGUGUUGGCGGUGUUUGCAAUGGAAAACGAAUCUGUUAAGUCAGAACACAGCGGACGAUCUAGACGUUCUCGCAAUCACAAUAAUAAUAACAGUUCUAGCACUGGAGGAGGUGGUUUAGGCAAUAGCGGUGGAGGUGGCACUGUAAAUAACGGUUAUCAUCGGGAUCGUACAAGACAUUCUCAUCGUAGUGGUCACACAAAAUCCAGUGGUAAGCAUCAACGUGGGGAUAUGGCGCCAUUCCAAACUAGUGUAAACAUGACAGGUGAAGAGAAUCGCGAUGGCCAAGAAAUAAUAGAGGUACAAAUACUACCGCAAGACGAAAACUGGGGUGAGAAUACAACUGCAGUCACUGGCAAUACAUCAGAACAAAGUAUAUCUAUGGAAGACAUUAAUAAUGCAUGGCAUCGCGAGAACGACACAAGUUUUGGAUUUGCCUGUCGACGUCGUUUGGAAUCGGCAUUUUCACUCUUACUUGGAUUUGUAUCGUUCUUCUCACCGGUAGCUAUGGUGGUAAUGCCACGCAUGGGUUUCUUUCCAUCCGCCUUCGAUCAUGCUGAACUCACGCAAACGGUACGCACUCAGCUCUUAGCAUGCAGUAGCGAAUGCAAAGGAUUGCUAGUAUCACUAACCGCACGACUUAUACUGCUGGCAAUCGGAUUGUGGGCGCUCUUUAUGCGUCGAUCAGCCGCCACUAUGCCAAGAAUAUUCCUGUAUCGUGCUGUUGUACUAUUACUUGUGACGAUUUGCACAUUUGCUUAUUGGCUUUUCUAUAUGGUGCAGGUCACUAAUGGAGCCAAAGUGGUAGUGGAAACUGGUGGUGAUGCAGUUAAUUACAAAUCACUAGUUGCCUAUGCAACAAAUCUGGUAGAUACGCUGCUCUUCAUACACUACAUUGCCGUAGUUCUACUUGAAUUACGUCAUCAACAACCCAUGUAUUAUGUUAAGAUUAUACGUUCACCAGACGGUAUCUCUCGCUCUUACAUGCUUGGCCAAUUGAGUAUACAGCGCGCCGCUAUUUGGGUACUUCAACGAUAUUACGUUGAUUUUCCCAUAUUUAAUCCAUAUCUAGAGCGCAUACCGAUUUCGAAAUCUCAACGUAAUAAAAUCUCAACUAGUUUUAAAUACUAUGAAGUGGAUGGUGUGAAUAAUGCACAGCAACAGAGUCAAAGUCGUGCCGUAUUAGCGGCCAAUGCGCGCCGUCGCGAUUCAUCACACAAUGAACGUUUCUACGAGGAACACGAAUAUGAACGCCGUGUCAAAAAGCGGCGUGCGCGUCUAAUUACAGCCGCUGAGGAAGCAUUUACUCAUAUCAAACGCAUACACAAUGAACCCGCACCGGCAGUACCACUUGAUCCCCAAGAAGCGGCGCAAGCGGUAUUCCCAUCGAUGGCGCGUGCCUUGCAAAAGUAUUUGCGCGUCACACGACAACAACCACGACACACGUUCGAAAGUAUAUUGAAACACUUGGCGCAUUGUCUCAAGCACGAUCUCUCACCACGUGCAUUCCUUGAGCCAUAUCUAACGGAGUCGCCAGUAUUGCAAAGCGAAAAGGAACGUCGUUGGGUACAAUCAUGGUCAUUAAUUUGUGACGAACUCGUAUCACGACCGGUCUCCAACGAGUGUACAUUCCAACUGAUACAAAACGAUGUCUCGCUCUUAGUCUCGAUACACAAGUUGCCGCAUUUCAAUAUUGCCGAAGAGGUUGUGGAUCCAAAAAGUAAUAAAUUUGUACUGAAAUUAAACUCUGAAACGUCGGUAUGACAACAAACGACUGCAAAUAUGACACCAACACCGACGCACAGCAACGUAACGCAAUCCUCAUAUUUACACAUGUUUGUAUAGAUGCCAAACUCAACACUACACGGUCUACUAUGCAUUCAUACAAACUACUCGUACAUACACACAUUACAAAUCUUCAACAAUAAAAACCAUUGUUGUCGGCUAAACAUUUUCGAAAAGCUCAAAAUUAUUCCCAGUGUAUCCUAAUCAAUCAUUGACACGCACACAUAUCAAAUAAGUAAUAUCAAUGCUGUUCUAUGUAUAGUCCUAUCGUAUUUCCGAAGUAUUAAUAGUGACAGCCAAAAAAUAAAAAUUCAAUAAUUUUAAGAAUCUCAAAUUCGGUGUAAGCAGUAAGGGUUUUAAAUAGCAUUUUUAAGAAAUAUAAAAAUAGAAGAAUGGAAAUUUUAAAAUAUGUAAAUGUUCGAAAUUUGCAUUUAUUAAGCUAAAAUUGUGCAUUUGCCAACAUUUCUCAUUAACUUAAAAUGAGCUGUACUGCGCGAGUAGUACGCCUUAAGAUUUGUACUUUUGGCUUUACCUUUAGUUUCGGAAAUGCAUUUUCUAAAAAGAGUAUACAAGAUUUUAAUUUUCUUUACGUUUAUAUAUAAAUGAAAAUUUAUAUUUCGAAUAUAUUAUAUAAUAUAGUGUAUAUCAAAUAAGACCUAAAUUGUAAGAUUUCCAAUUUUCACUAUUUCCACAUACAUAUAUACAUAAAUGUUUGUUGAAGUCUAUGAUAUGUUUACUAAAAUCGGAAAUAACUGUAGUUAAAUGACGAUUACAUACAAAAGUCUUCUUCAAUGUAAACACAUCGCAAAGUUCUCUACAUAAUCGACUAAGUAUAGUAAUCUGCAGCUAUUUUUACAUUUAAUUAGUAACUACAACAAUUAAACUCUUACAAAUAUAAAACUAAAAACGAUAUUAUAACUCGGUAUAUUAAAGAGUUACUAACAGGAAAUGCUGACAAAUAAAUCAUAUGUUCUUGGAGACUACCCAACUGCCAGUUUUAUAUGAGAUUUUAUACAAUAAACACAACUAUAAAUAUUCAUUGGCUAUGCAUACAAAACAGAAUUAAGUAUUUUACACGCGAAAGCAUUUAAUAAUUCAUGAUGAAUUGCAUUCGAUUUCUAGUUAAGCGUAAACAAUAUUCUAAUGUAAGCGGAAAAAUAACAAAAUUUUUAUACGGAUACUUCAAAAAAACAUAUGCUAAAUACAUAUAUAUGCUUGUUUGUGCGUUAACACUGUAUAAACAUGUAUGUAUUUUCAUACCAACAUAGAUUUGAACAUAUUUAUAAGCUUUCAA